AAAGCGUUCAUCUUUCAGAAGUUUGCUGUUAAAUUUUACUUUGGAUUAAGCCUUCAUAUUUUUCAGCAUGGUUCGUCACUGUCGUUGGAAAAUGUGUACGAUUCCUGGUGCAUGCAUCAAACCGGGUUUAGUUCGGCUGCCUUUGUGUCACAAAGUAAAUCUACUGAGUCAUGUAGCUCGGCAGCCAUUGUCAGGCCACAGAGUAAAUUUACCGAGUUGUGUAGCUCGGCGGCCGUUGUGUCACAAAGUAAAUCUACCGAGUUGUGUAGCUCGGCAACCGUUGUGCCAUAA